AUGGCUGAGCUACUACCGCUACCAGAUACACUAAGCUGCCGUUCGAGCAUUAAGAAUGGAUUUCUAUUUGAACCGUGCCGAGACAAAGUUCCUCCUUCUCCUCCUUUUUUGUUCGCUGUUGCAGAUGGAUACCGUGUUUUGAGGGCAAAGGUGGAAGAGCUAUUCGCAAGCAAGCUACCAGGCCAGAGGCGAUCGGAGUGCGACAUAUACGUUAAGCCCAGCAACCAUGCCAAGCAGAAGCAAUUCGAGGUUGUUUGUCAAGAAGCUGUAGCCAUGAGAGCCCAAGUCGAAUAA